UCAUUAAAAUAACCCCAGGCCCCAAAGGAGCCUGGAACAUAAAAACACAUAUUCCAUGUUUCAACAUCAAACAAGCAAGUAUGUGUUGUUUGUAUAAAGAAAAGAAACGAAUUCAGUAAAACCUCUAGAGAUUUAUCUACAAAUGGAGUUUAAGUCUAUACACAAGCUAGUCUACAGCUCUGACCACCGUUCAAUCAAGAACCACCAGAACUCAACCUUCCAACCACCCUCUUUUCCGGCAACAACCGCCACCGGAUUCCCUCUACUAGCCAUCGCAAUAGCCUGCAUCACAGCAAUCACUUUCUUGCUCCUUUGCUACUUCCUGAUCACCAAAUGCUGUUACCCUUUAAUCCAAUUCAUGACAUCCCGGACCACCACAUCAGAAGAACCACCAUCAGUUUACUCAACUCCGGCAUGGCAGAUCACCGGGCUCGACGAAUCACUAAUCCGACAGAUACCCGUUUGUCAGUAUAGCAAAAGGGACAACGUGAACAAAAGACUGCAUAAAUGUGUGGUUUGCUUGAAUGAGUUUCAAGAUUUGGAUACGUUGAGAGUUCUUCCAAGCUGCAACCAUGGAUUCCAUUUGCAUUGUAUCGACAUUUGGCUUAGGAACAAUCCCAAUUGCCCGAUUUGUCGAUUCAACAUCUCGGGUACGACCCGGUGUCUAACGGAUACGAUUGGGCCCACUUCUUCGCCUCAAGAUCCGGAAUCGAGCCCAACAAAUAGCAACGAAGAUUUCGUUACAAUUGAAUUGGGCGAGGGGGCUAAUGAAUCGAGAAAGCCUCAUUUUGAAAGAAUCAUGGAGACGAAAGAUGAGCAACUUGCAAUUCAACCCCUUCGAAGAUCUUUCUCGAUGGAUUCUGCAGUUGAUCGUGAUAUUUAUUUAUCUGUUCAAGAUAUCAUACGUAAUCAUGAAGAGGCUACAAGAACAAAGAGACCUUUCUUCUCGUUUGGACAUGUACGAGGAUCCCGAAGUGCUAUUCUUCCUCUCGAGUUUUAAUUAGACAAGAGAUUAAAUCAUGUUUUUCUCGGAUUCUUUUCGGGUUUGUAGCAACAUAUCACAUUUCACUAAAAAUACCUAUUGUUAUGAGAGAUGGAGAGUAAAGAUGAGGAGGACAUUAUGUCUUUUGUAGAGAUCGAGAGUAAGUGUAUCUCAUUUUGUUCAACUUAUGAGUGGCACAAAAAAUUGUUACUUUUGUCCCAUCCAAUUUCACUAAAAUUCCACA